GCAGUUUCCCUCUGACGCCUCAUCUGUUGGCAAGCGGUCAGAUAUGUGCUGUAUGUGCUUGUGAAUUGCAGAGCUCAGAUCACUCUGCAGAGGAGGACCAGCACGCAAACAUGAAAGAGAGGAGUGGAGUUUUUCUGCUGCUGGUGGGGAUGUGUGUGCUGCUGCUCAUGAGCACAGCAGGUUUCGUGUUCCUGAUGGUUCGACAGAGGGAGCUGACGGAGGAGCUGGGCAGGUUGGGCGCCGAGAUGCAGGUGCUGUCACAGAGCUUCAGGCUGCAGGCUGGGGUCCUGCCUGUGGACCCUGCACAGGCUGGAGAGCUGAAGAAGCUCCACCGCAGCAGGAGACACCAGGAGGGAAAAGCAACACAGAGCCAAGAGGAGAAGGAUAUGCUGAUGCUGAUGACUUACUCCAUGGUUCCUGUCAAAGCCUUCAUGGAUCUGUGUAACAGCUCCAGAGGAGUUUGUUUAACAGGCCCACCUGGACCACCAGGUUUGCCUGGUAGAGCUGGUUCACCAGGACCACAGGGUGUACCCGGGCCGCAGGGGAAACGAGGAAGAAAAGGACCCCCUGGUGAAAAAGGAGAGCCAGGACCGAAAGGAGACCCUGGGCCUCUACUGCUGAAAGGCGAGACCUACAAUGACAUUCUCAUUGAGGGUAUUCCUGGUCCGAGGGGUCCACCAGGUCCACCAGGCCCACCAGGUCCUUGUAAUCAAAAGAGAAAAGAGACCAUGAGAGAACACAUCGAUCAAACCAACAUGCUGAUGGAUUCAUCUCCUUCUCUGAGCGGCGAGGCUGCCAAUCAAACUGACACAGAAAACAGCAGCUCGACUAUUAUCAAAACUGAAACACCAACAUUACAUCCACCCAAUGACAGCAGAGACGUACUGAACGUCCCAGCCUCUACAAAACCCCUAGACACAAGUACAGACCCUGAGUCAGCAUCAGCUCAUCCAGCGUACAGCAACGACAUCUUGAAUGAUACCAAGACAGAAAGUGUCACAGAGGCACCAAGUACAUUAUUCACAGCUGCAUUUCCUCCAGACGUGAUUCAAAACAGUGAUGCCUUCAACGGCAGCGGAAACACAAGUGAUACAACCAUUAAAAGUGAGUUAACAUCACCUCUUCCAGCCAUCAGAGAUGUCACACAGAUUGAGACCAAUGCAGAGAAUGUUACAGAGGCAUCAAUUAACUUAUUUUCAGUGUCACCAACAACACAUCCAGCUCAUGAAGCCAGAGAUGUCCUUACUGUUACUGACUCUGAGAAACUUGGAGACACAGAAAAGGAAUCUGAGUCGGUAACAUUUCAUAGCGACCACAGCCACAACACCCUCAGUGACCUCAACACAGAGAACGUUACAGACGGACCAAUUCAGUUAUUAACAGACUCUUCACCUUCACCACAGGACAACAACAAUGAGCUAAAUUUGUCUAGCAAUGAGAGAUGGAUGAAAACUGAAUCACCAACACCACAUCCAACUGACACCAUCAGAGAUGCUACUGACUCUGUGAAACUCCUAGUCACAAACACGGGAGCUGAGUCUGUAUCAUUUCAUCAAGACGACAGCACGUUGAGAGAAAACGCUACAAAGGCGCCAAUGAUAUUAAUAACAGCUCCAGUUUAUGCAAAUCAAAACAGAAACUCCUUCAACACCCAGAUUACUGAUAAACCCAUGAAAAGUGAAUCCCCAACUCCACAUCCAACUGACAACAACAGAGACGUUACUGACUCUGAGAAACUUUUAAACACAAACAUGGAAGCCGAGUCUGAAUCAUCUAAUCAAGAUGACAGCCACAGCACAUCGAUCUAUACCAAGAGAGAAAAUGCGACAGAGACACCAAUGAAAUUAUUAACAGCUCAACUUUCUGAAAACCAAAACAGUGAUUCCUCCAAUAACAGUGGAGCCAUUAUUGAUACACCCAUGAAAAGUGAAUCACCAACACCACAUCCAACUGACUACAACAGACAUGCUACUGAGGCUGCGGCACUUCUAGACACAAACAUGGAAGCUGAGACAGUAUCAUUUCACAGAGACAAGAGCCAUGGUGUGGUGAAGGAUACCAAAAAAGAAAAUCCUACAGAGGCACCAAUGAGAUUAUUGACAACUCCACUUUCUGUGAACCGAAACAGUGACUCCUCCAAUGAAGUUACAGAGGAACCAAGUGAAUUAUCAACAGUCUCAUAUUCUGCCUUCGACGAGAGUGGAAAAGUUAUUAAUACACCUAUGAAAAGUGACUCUUCAAAUCUUCUCCAGACCAACAACGAGAUCAAUGUGACAACCAAUGAGAGACGGACAAAAACUGAGUGCAACAUUAAAACUAUUAAAUGUUCAGAGAGAGUCACUAUUAUUCAAGGCACAUUUGGAGCCUUGAUGUCCGAUGCAUCCCGACAUAAUGAUGGUCGAUACUGGGUGGCUGAUCAUUUUUCGGGUCGACUUUUGGCAGAGUACAAGAACUAUUCGACACUUACGGAUAACAUCUUCAAAAUGUUAGAUCUCAGGAGGUUCUUCCAGGGCUGCGGUCACGUUGUGUACAAGAAUUCAUUUUACUUUCACAACGCAGGAACAAACAGACUUCUAAAAUUUGACCUGAACACCAAGAGAACAAAGACUCUGAUCAUGGCACACUGCAGAUACAACAACCUGACUUAUCUUUUACGCAACUCAAAGACCUAUUUCAAGUUUGCUGUGGAUGAAAAUGGACUGUGGGUCAUUUUUGCAUCAGAUAUAAAUGAUGACACGAUGGUAGCGAAGAUUAACCCCGACGAAUUCUUUGUGGAGUCAGUCAUUAACACUGGCUACCCGACGGCUAAAGCAGGAAAUGCCUUCAUUGUAUGUGGGGUUGUUUAUUUUACAGAUGACAAAGACAGACGAGUCACAUAUGCCUACGAUUUAAAGAAAGAGAGUCUUCUGAAUGUAGGUUUUGAUUUAAGGCCGGCUAAUGGCACCUUGGCUAUGCUGUCAUAUUAUCCCAGCAAAAGGCUUCUGUAUAUGUGGGACAACGGCAGUGUGAAAAUCUGCAAAGUUAAACUUAAACAUGCCUAAAAAAAUGACAACAAACCUUGUGAAAUGAGCAAUAAAAUUAUUUUUUAAAAUAUCA